AUGGCUCCAGUCUUUGUUGGCUCAACGUAUCCAAGGUUUCCACUUGAGAUAAAAGCUCACCACUCUGUCGAUCAACUAUAUCCUGUACUUCUUCGGGAGGAGGAAGAGAGUAUGCCUCCUUGUAAAGAUUUUGUCUAUGGGGUUGAUGACCAGCCCUCUCAGCCAAUAGAUCCUGAGAAGGAGAAUUUGAGAGAGCGCCAAGCUCCAAAGCGUAAAGUAGUGCUAGUGGUGUUCGUGCCCAUCCGCUUUGUGGACAGUAUAGCAGGUGCCACUAAGAAAGGGGAUGCAGUUGUUGACGCCACCUGUGCAAAUGGUUAUGAUAUGUUGGCACUAUUGAAACUGGUUGCUGAUAAGACACAAAGAGGUCUAUUUUAUGGCAUGGACGAUCAGAAAAUUGCUUUAGAAAGCACUUCAUCCUUACUGGACCAGUUUGCUAGUCCAGAUGGGAUACUGCUACUUUUGACAGAAAGUUUGAGCUUGAUGAAAAAUGUUACUCCAACUCCCUGCAAAGGAAUACUUUUGUUUGGUCCUCCGAGAACUGGGAAAACCAUGCAGGAAAAAGCCGUUUCCACUGAAGCUGGAGCAAAUUUUAUUAAUAUUUCAAUUUCAAGUAUUUGUUCAAAGCAGUGGUCUGGUGAGGGUGAAAAAUGCAUAAAAAUUUUCUCGCUGGCUAGUAAAAUUGCUCCCAGCAUCAUUUUUGUGUAUGAAGUUGAUAGUACGCUGUGGCGAAGGGAAAACCCAGAAGAACAUGAGUUUGAUGGUCAAUUUACGAGAUGCACCAAACAAAUCAAAAUUCUAAAAGUGAUACUCGCAAAAGAAGACUUGGCUCAGGAUAUUGAUCUGGAAUCAAUUGCAAGUAUGAUCGAUGGAUAUUCCAGAAGUGACCUUAAGGUGUCUUCGCUAUUCUUAAUCUCUAUGCAACCAUUGUAUAUCGACCCAUUAGAGAUAUCCACCAGUGCAGUCCUACGGCCACUGAAUAUGGAUGACUUCAAAAAUUCUAAUCAGCAGGAAAAAUUGACACCUAAAGUAGAAAAUGUAUGUGUAUUUCAAAAAUUACCCAUGGUAAUGCCUUCUGUAGAUAUUCCAUAUUCAGCACUAAGGAAAACAAAGAGGAUCUCGCCUACAAAGGUGACAUUGGAUGAACCUGAUUUGCUGUAUAACGCAAAUGGAAGAUCAUCUGGUGAUAGUUAUUCUAGUGAUAAUCAUUGA